AAGCAUCGAAGCAUCCUUGUUUCUUCGUGCGCCUGAAACAGCCGUUACAGAACCAAUGGCGUCGUAAAAAUCGAAGAAGAGAACGAGAACGAGGAGUUGAAGCAGGAGGGGAGGAGAGACGAAGAGGAAGAGAAUUUUCUUCGAACUCCCCCGCAAAUCCUCCGACCUUCAAAACUUCUGCUACCUUUUGGGUUGGGUACCGUACUUCUCUCUUUGACUGUGUCUGUUUUGUCUUUCUGACCAUGUUUACCGAGACCGAUCUCUCCAAUGGGUUUCUUCACCGAACAGAGAACCCUCUGAGCAAACUGAAACACCAGGUUUUCGUGCAAAACCUCGAGAACCCAGAUGGGAAAAUCGGGUUUUCUGAAAAGGGCGCUGGUUUUCUUCGAGAUUCGGAGAUGGGUCGAAGUGGAUUUCCAUUUAAACCGUCGAGAAAUGGAAAUCCGGGUUCUCAAGAGCUGACUCUUAGCUAUCUCUGUGACAAUUCUAAGAUGGGUUUUCAAGAGAAAGAGAUUUCUGGGAAGAAUUUUUGGAGUUCUUUGGAGAAAGAGAGACACAAGGGAAAGGAAGUUGUUCCGGGGAAUCAGAAUGAAGAGGAGAAAUGGGUAGAGAGGGAUUUUCUGCAGUUGAAUGGGACUAGGGGAGGGAGGUCGAAGCGAGAGAUCGAGGAAGAAGAAAGCGACAGAGACAAGAGGGAAAAGAAGGCAAAGAUUGAGACCCUUAAUCUCUCUCUAGCUUUGCCGGAUGUCUCGCUCUCUCUCAACACUUCAAAUCCAGCUCCAAAAGCUGAUCUUCCUGUUCACCUGAAGUCCGUGAGGAGUACCCAGUCAUUGGCGCCGUCGUGCUCCGAUGACUACACGGUGGCAUCUCGUUCCUACUCGUACUCCCUCCCGUUCUCUCACAACCCCAGCUGCUCACUCACUAGGAACUCAACCGAGAAUUAUGAAUACUCGAUGGGAAGCCACCGAAGAGAGACUGAUCAGUUCUGGAAUUGCGGGGAGGGGACUAAUGGGUCAGUUCACAGUCGGUUCAGGCCGGUCGGUGAUGGAGUUGGUCUGUCGAACCAUGGUGCUGGUUUCAGCUACCCCUUGAUGCAAGGUACCCGCCAAAUCAAUAAAGAUUCAUGCAGUAGUCUUCACAGAACUACCAGCUCGGAGAACCUUUCAUUCUUCCCGUCCGAACUGCCAGCGAGACCAAGGAAGGAUACUGAAUCGGCCGACUCUAGAGGAAGAGCUUCUGAGCAACAAAGAGGUUUGGAGAAUUCAGAUGGAGGGAGAACACGUAAAUUGACAAACCCCGAGAGGAUUCUGAGAGAAAUUGUUUCUGAGUCUAUCCCUGUAAUGGCCCAAAUACUAAAUGAGCUUCCUGAUGAGACAAUUGAAUCGACGAAGGAGUGCCUGAAGGGUCUGAUUGAGAUGCCUGAGAAGAGAGACGAGUUAUCCAUCUUGCAGAAACAGCUUGAGAAGAGAUCCGACCUUACUUUUGACACGCUCUCAAAGUCAAACAAGGCCCAAUUGGACAUCUUGGUUACAGUAAAAACAGGUCUCAUAAACUACUUAUCGGGGAAGAAUCGUCUGCCCACAGUUGAGCUGGUCGAGAUCUUCUUCUUUAUGAGGUGUCGGAAUCCAAACUGCAAAAGUUUGCUGCCCAUAGAUGACUGUGACUGCAAGAUAUGUUCGACGAAAAAGGGAUUUUGUAGUGCUUGCAUGUGCCCUGUAUGUUUGAAUUUUGAUUGUGCGAACAACACUUGCAGCUGGGUUGGCUGUGAUGUCUGCUCCCACUGGUGCCAUGCCGUCUGUGGUCUCCAGAGGAAUCUCAUUAAACCUGGCCCCAGCUUGAAGGGACCAAAGGGAACCACAGAGAUGCAGUUUCAUUGUGUUGCAUGUGAGCAUGCUUCCGAGAUGUUUGGAUUCAUUAAGGAUGUCUUUAUGUGUUGUGCGAAGGAUUGGGGACUAGAAACCUUGAUAAAGGAGCUCGACUGUGUCAGGAAGAUCUUCAGAGGAAGUGAGGAUGUCAAGGGCAAGGAGCUGGAGAGUAUGGCUGUGGAAAUGCAGUCGAAGCUUGAGAAUAAAAUCAUUUCUCCUUCAGAUGCUUGUCAAUUGAUCCUUCAGUUCUUUAAAUAUGGCUUAUCAGAAAUUCCUGGGUCUGGAAGCUCAUCCAAAGACCAGAUGGCAGCCCAAUUGCGUCAAAAUGGAGAUGUCAUCUCUCUUCGACCUACUUCAACCCCUGCAAAGCCUAUGGCUUACAAGAAUGGUUCCUCCAUUCUAGGACAAGAUGUACAGCCACCCGAUAUUCAUUGUAAUGGCCUUAAAUCUGCCAUCAUGAGAGAACCGACUGUUGAAGAUGAAUUACGGUCUGGGAUACCGACAAAGGAUGGGUUUGACAGCUUGGAAAGCAUUGUGCGGAUUAAGGAAAUGGAAGCGAGGAUGUUCCAGAACAAGGCAGAUGAUGCACGUAGAGAGGCAGAAGAGUAUCGGAGGAUUGUGCGGGCAAAGACUGAAAAGUUGGAGGAAGAACACAGGAACAAGCUUUCCAAACUGUGUUUGAAGGAGACAGAGGAGAAACGGAGGAAGAAACUCGAGGAGCUCAAGCUGUUGGAGGACUCCCAUUGCGACUACUACAAGAUGAAGGUCAGAAUGCAAACCGAGAUUGCAGGGUUGUUGGAGAGGAUGGAGAAAACAAAGCAGAUGUGGGUGUAAACAUCUUAGCUACCGCUUGUGAUGACUGCAACUUUUGCAACAAUGAUGAUGAUGAUGCAAGCUACCACAACAUCAAUGAAAACAAUAAUGGUGAUGGUGGUGGUGUGUAAUGUCUUUGUUGUCCCACGCUUGGAGUGUUGGGUGUAUGUAGAUUUUGCUUGUCUUUUAAAUUAAGGAAGAAAGGAAGAAAUUGGUUUAAAAAAAGGGCUUUAUUUGAGUAGUUAUCCACAA